AUGGCUGCUGACAAAAUAUUUAAUACUGAUGUGGAGGAAACAUUAAAAGGAGCAGAUAUAAAAUUACUUUUAAUUGAUUUUGAUGGAACCUUAUUUGUAGAUAAAGAUAUAAAAGUACCUGAAGAAAAUAUUGAAGCCAUUAAGUUAGCUAUUGAAAAAGGAUACAUGGUUAGUGUAUGCACUGGUAGAUCAAAGGUUGGUAUUUUAAGUGCAUUUGGUGAAGAGAAUUUAAAAAAAAUGAAUUUUUAUGGUAUGCCAGGUGUAUAUAUUAAUGGAACAAUUGUAUAUGAUCAAAUUGGUUACACAUUACUUGAUGAAACUAUAGAAACAGAUGUUUAUGCUGAAUUAAUUAGGUAUCUGGUUCAAAAUAAUUUAGUUAAUCAGACAAUUUUUUACCGAGGAGAAUCUAAUUAUGUAACAGAAGAUAAUAAAUAUGCUGAUUUUAUGCAGAAAAUGUAUAGUGAGAAUAGAAGUAUAAUUAUUAGACAAAAUGAAAUAUUAAAAUAUAGGACUAUGAAUAAACUUAUGAUUGUUUUAGAUCCAUCAGAAUCUAAAAUUGUUAUUGAAAAUUUAAAAAGAAAUUUUGGUAAAAAACUAACAAUUUUUACAACAUAUAACGGACACGCAGAAGUAACUAAAUUAGGACAUGAUAAAUAUACUGGUAUUAGUUAUCUAUUAAAACAUUACAAUAUUUCUGAUGAUCAAGUUUUAGUUGUAGGAGAUGCAGAAAAUGAUAUUGCAAUGCUUUCUAAUUUUAAAUAUUCUUUUGCUGUAGCUAAUGCAACUGAAUCAGCCAAAUCUUUUGCCAAAUGUGUAAUUCCUUUAACUCAUAAAGAAGGUGCUGUUGCAUACUUAUUAAAGAAAGUUUUUGAAUUAAAGAAAAAUUAA